GAUUUUAUUUUCUAACCAUGUGUACUGUUUUUUCUGAAAUGAGAUGAUCAGACAUAACUGUUUGGAUGUUGAUGAUUUGACACAACUGACUAAACAUCCCACCUGUUUUGGCACUGGAGGAAAAUGCACCCAUGUGCAGAAAUAUACAUGGAUAGAUAUUACAGAUAUCUAAAAGGCAUAAAUAGUUGCUCAUACACAUAAACAAAGCGAGUGGGGGAAUUAAAAUGCCUGAUGUCAAAUGAGUCGGUAUUGAAUCAGCAACACCAAAACAGCUGUGUCAAAACGUCUCAUAGCCUGUUCGCUCAGAAACUUUUCUGUUCAGUUAAACAUGCUACAAUGUAUAAUUUCUCUUUCUUUUUCAGCCAUUCUGAAGAUUCUGCCACAACAGUGAAGUAAAGUGCAAUUCAAAAAGGAAGGAAAUUAAUUGGGUUCUAGGAUUUUUUUUUUUUUUUGUUUUCUAAGAUUGAUGCUCUUUAAACAGUUGCAAGUCAACAACUGUAGGAAUGAGAUAUGCUGGUAGAGAAUUCCAGAGGGACAACAUUCUGGGGGAAAAAAGACGAGGUAUAUGUUGGUCUCAUACCACUUGAAAAGAGAUGGCGAGAGACCAACCAUCUUUGAGGGGCAAAGGGUUUCUUUAUUGGACCUUAGCCAAGUUGGUGAAGCAUCUUGAAAGAUUUAGCAGAUUGUACCAACCUCAAGUACUUCAUCUAUUACUUAUUUUUAUCUGCCUUUGAACUGAGAAUUUAAAAGGACAUAUCCAAGUCCCUUUAACGCUUCCUGAAAUGUAUGCAGAGUUACAGUGUCAAACACAAGAAGAGAGGCUGCAACGUGAGUUAAAUAUCACAUUUUACAACCUAGACAAACAACGACAAGUCAUGCUUCAGGGAAUAACAUGUGACCAACACAAAUGGAGAAAAAAGUUGCUAAAAUACCAACUACAAAUAGAAAUUAACAAAUUUAACAAUCUUUUCAGUGACAAAUCGCAAGAAACAGUGCGACAGAUGACAUCCUUGUCUCAGAAUCUUACUCAAAAGUCAGAGCAAGAUAUUCUUUUAAAUCUGAAGAAAGUAGGUGACAGCUGUGAUGCCAACCAGGGCAAACGGUUGCGUAGGGUUUUAUUCAGCAAAUAUAUGAACCAAGUAUUUAAUCGUUCCACUGGAGCGCGAUCUGUUAACCAGACACGUCAGCUUCGUUCCAGUGAUGGAACUACAUCUUCCCAACAAGGAAAUAAUGCAUUUUUGCGGGACGCUACCAGGUUAUCUUCAUUUGGAUACAGACGGAAUAUUGACAAGUCAGAGAUUUUCAGUGGGAAAAGUGUACAGCUACCAAAACUUGCUAACACUAAUGGGAGGGAAAACAGAUCUCACUGAGAAUGAUGGAGGUUACAAGAAACAAAAAAAAAAAAAAGAAUAAUGACAACAGUCACAUCAAUAU